AUGCCUCGAAAGACACUGCAUCGGGAGCGUAUGGCCUCAAAGAGAGUGCACGUUGAAGGAGAAGACCCGGAAAACGAUGAAGACAUAAAACAGGAGACAAAAUGGAAUCUACGGACUUCUAGCACCGACGGAGAGGCUGCCAUCUAUCAACUGCAUCCGGAGUCGGAGGAACAAGUCCCCGAACACUAUCCCUCAAGGGACAGCUUUUCGGUUUCUGGCUGGGAUCGUCGGGAUAAAAUUACGCUCUAUAUGAUUGCGGGCUAUGUGCUGGGCAUUCUCCUGGUGCUUAUCUGGUACUAUCAGCAUCCGCGGCGAGCCAGUCUGGACCUCACCGAGAAGUGGCUGCUCAUUGUCCUCCUGUUCCUUUUGAUGAUGAUCCUUGGAUACAGUCGAGCAGCGAGAUGCGUUGUGGCAUUGAUCUUUCCCACUUUGGGCAGCCAUCGAGGACGAGCUCUUCUCAUAGCAUUGGCCUUUUUUGUGGCAGGCACUGGACCCGUGAUGAACAUCAUUCGAAAUAUCGACAUCAUGGGCCACAGUAUCUCCUGCGGCCAGAGCCGUUUGCGGCAGGCCCUCACUCCCAUGCAGGAUAUCAUGGGGCAGCCCAUCAAUAUCGUAGAGCACUCUGUUCAGGGGACCAUCACGGAGGUGCGAAGGAUCAUGGAGAGUCUGGAUAAGGUCUUGAAGCAUCUGGAGGAACCAAUCGCUGAGAUUCAUGCCAAUUUCAAGUCCUGUGGCGAGUGGUUGCGCCUACAGCAGGGCACCUUUGAGCAGCAGAUGGGCACACCGUAUGAUCGCUGCCUUGGGGCAGGAUCCGUCAGCACCCACGAUUGCCAAACCAAAUUCGGGGCCAAGCGGAAGGAGUGCAAUGUCAAAGAUCGUUUUGUUUGGUUCUGCGAGAAUCUCAAGCCAAUGGCCAGCUUUUUUGAGCGCAAUGUCCAGCUGCAUCACGAGAUCUUUGAAGAGAUCUUUCAACGUUCGAAGCAGAGUUUCAUCAAUAUUCGAAAAAUUUUUGAGGUGAGCAUUACCUUCGUAGGCAAGCAAAAGAUAAAUGGAACGAAUGACUCCUUGGGAAGGGACAGCGAUGUGAUACUCGAGCACGAGAUCGGCAGAACCUUGGAGGCCCAGAGGCGUGCGUUUAUCCUAUUCUUUGUGUGCCUCGAUCUGGUGGUUUUCAUCCUCGUGUUUACUGUCAUCCUGCGAUCCAUUUACUUUCGAAUGCUGUAUCUGGGAAACCACGACUUCAACAACGUGUAUAUAACGCACGCCUUCUACGUCUACGACAGGAGGAGUGAGCCAUUCGGGGUUCUUCCACUGCGUUCGGUCGAAAACAUCAAAUUUGUGAAGAUAACUUCCCUCCGUUUGCUGCCUGAAGAGCUCCAGAUAAUGACACGUUCCAUACUCUUCUUGUUUAUCACUGGCAUGCAGCUUUUUCUGAUAUGUUUCGUGGACUACUGUCUUUAUACAAUGCUGUCCAUGAUGUCCCAUCACGCACACCAAACGGCGGGUCUCAAACCUCCUGCCUACACGAGAAUUGUGAUCACCAAGGGUGGAUUGAUCGGAGAUAUACUCCGAUCCCUGGUCCGUGCCUUCGAGCCCUAUGCCAAGAACUUGGAUGUGGGGACGGAAAAGUGUCUGCCAGUGCCAGGAGAGCCGAAUAUAUUCCGCUACUACGAGGUAUUGGUGCUCUGUGUCCUGGCCUGGCUUCUCCUAAUCUGGGAGCCCUACAGCCUUCGAGUGCGACAUUGGGUCAUGGCCCGUUUUUAUCCAAUCGAUGCAUAUCGAAGAGUCAGGCACUUGCAUCAUCGCAUAACGGAAGAGAGAAACGGCAAUCAAUUUAUGUAUCUCUCUUGGCUUAGUUCUCUAAAGAUCUGGUGCCUUAGCGGUUGUCCUUCGUCUUUUAUUUGCAAAACAUGCGUUAUCUGCACCAAAGCCUUGACCACAAUGGAUCAUAUCUAUUGUGAGACGCCCAAUUGCAGAGGAGUCUAUUGCCAAAGGUGUUUCAUCGACUCGAAUAGCCACUGCAUUCUGUGCAAUCCACCGAGCCUGUACUGGGACUACAGUGAUGUAUCGGAGACCGAAGACUCUUCUGAUGCUGUCGAUGAUAAUGAUGAUGAUCUUGUUGAUGAUAAGCAUGUUGAUAUCAAGCAUGUGGAUGCUAAGCAUGUGGAUGCUAAGCAUGUUGAUAUGAAGCAUGUUGAGGAUAAGCAUGUGGAUGCUAAGCAUGUUGAUGCCACGCAUGUUGAGGAUAAGCAUGUGGAUGCUAAGCAUGUUAAUGUCAAGCAUGUUCAUAUCAAGCAUGUGGAUACUAAGCAUGUUGAUGAUAAGCAUGUCGAUAAUAAUCAUGUGGAUGAUAAGCAUGUGGAUAAUAAUCGUGUCGAUAAUAAUCGUGUUGAUAAUUAUCGUGUUGGUUCUGUUUCCGAUGAACCGAAAAAGAUGCGGUUUACCGGUUAA